ACAUUCGAAGAAGGCUGAUAUUUUUUCUUGGCAAGGACGAAAAGAACAUUCUAUUUUUCCGUUAUCAAGGCAAUCUAGGCAUUGGGCACAAAUGGGGUCUAGUGUGGGGCCUUUCGAUGGCCGUCGCGCGCGAAAGUCGAGAUGUGAAGCAUGUACCAAGCGGAAGAUCAAGUGCUGCGGCGGUGCUCCGUGUGACUAUUGCAAGCGAAUAAAGCAGCCAUGCGUGUUUUCCACCCGUCGUCCAGUGGCGCUUGUCUUUGUUGAACAGGACCUUAGUAGUAAGGCUCAGCCAAUAAUGGACCUCGAUCGCAAUUUGGCCUACUUCUUCAACUCUUUCUUACCCAUGAACAUCCUCACGAAGAACAACUUAUCAUGGCAGAGCGAAUUGCAGCUUUGUUUGCACCAAUCGCCUGCGUUGAGCAGUGCAGCCUCUGCUAUUGCUGCACUCCAUCGUUGUCAACAGGAAAAGUUGUUGUUUAACACAACAGAGGCGAGGAAGAACCAAGUUCAAGCUCUGAAUUCAUACAGUCAGGCUGUGAAAUAUAUUAGGGUUGCUAUCACGUCAAAUUCAUUCACGGGUCCUGAUCUAUUAUGGUCAACAUUCUUCUUGGCUUUAUUCGAGUUGAUGCGAGACAGCAGUGGCACGGACUGGCUCUCACACUUCCUGAAUGGCACGUGUGCCAUCCUCCGUUUGCAACACCCAGCACAUCUGUUGCUGACGAAUACAGAUGCUAAUCAUAGGCGCAAUUUCUUUCUCACAACUCGCAUCUUCGAGAUUGCUCGGGCUUUGAUAUAUUCGCAACCCACUUUUCUGAGUGAGCCUGAGUGGACUAACGCAUUGUCACAAUGGUGGAGCCGUGAAGGGGGUCAAAGGCUGUGGCAUCCCAAAGAGGCCUUGUUUGAUAUGCUGCCGCAUUUCUGUGACUUGAGCUUACGCACUCUUCGCUUUGCUCAAACUGAAGAAACAUACCUACAGUCCAGCUUGCAUCGCGCAGAGGCUCAAAGGCUUGCUGAUGAAGGCAUUGAGUUGCAGCAAAGGUUGGAGCAAUGGUGGAUAUGUGCGGAAGCAUGGGGCAAAAAUACAUCCGAGGUGGACGCUGAUCUUGUCGUAGCAAAAACAUACUAUCACGCCAUGAGGAUUUAUCUCUCGGGCUCUUACGACUACCACAGGCAUUGGAACCAGCCUGACUCACCGCUGGCUCCAAUACUAAACAGAUCGAGCAUCGAAAUGCACAUGAACGAGAUCCUUCGCUUGGGCCAGGAAUUGCUUAAUCACGGCCUUGCUGGCCUUUUGCUUUUCAUCCCACUUCGGAUCGCAGGAGCGCGUGUCUCUCACAAAAAAGACCAAGAUCUUAUCCUCCAACUACUCAAAACUAUAUCGCAAAGAGGAUAUGCUGUCGCAAAUGCGAUCCAUAUUGACCUUGUUGAGCUGUGGGCACGAAAGAUGUGCACAACCUGAACAUCUCCAUCUAAUCUCGUUUGGUGUGGAUGGUGGCUUCUUGGAGUAAAAUCGGACGUUCUUUUUGAACACCUUUGUAAGAGAACACAUUCUUCCAGAUAGUUAAAACCAAUGAUGAAAAUCAUACUU